AUGGCCCUGCGUCAGUUAAUGCAUUUGCAACACACUGGACCUAUUCGUGAAUUCCAUCUCAUCUCCGAGGGUCACAAACUGGCACUGUCAGAUGUAGAUGCAUACCUCAUUUUUGUCUCGAAGCAUGGUAUCCAGAAGCUCACUCUAGAUUUGGCCGACGUUGAAGAAUAUUUUGAAUUGCCUUACAGCGUUUUUACUUGUUCUACAUUGACACAUUUGAAGCUUUCGAGGUUUUUCUUCAGUCGCCGUCUGCGUAGACAUAUCGCAUUCCCCGAACAUGUUAGCCUUCAGUUAGAACAUUCUGAGAUUGUUUUGAGUGAAGACAUUCUUACUCUUCCAAUGCUUGAGACGUUGAAGUUUAGCUUUUGCUCUCGUGUUAAACUUGGUGACACGGCUUUUCCAAAACUGAAGAUUUUGUCUAUUAUUAGCAGCCAUUCACUUACAUUUCACAGUUUUAGGACCUCAAAGUUUAAAAGCGUUACGCACCUCUUCUUGGAUGGGGAUAGCCUAGCGACCUUAGGGUGGUAUCAUGUGCCAAAGAGUCUUGACGAACCAUUAAACCUGCAAAGCCUUAAAAUAUAUGACUUGCAGAUUUCUGUUAAGCCUAUUUCUUGUGCACUUUGCCUGCUACGGAAUUCUCCGAACCUUUAUGAGCUUGACAUCGAUGAAGCUGUGAAGGUUGAUGAGACAUCGACACAGAGUCAAACAACAGAACUGUUUUCUUACGUGUCGAAUGAACAAAAUCAUGUGGAUGAAGCUCUGAGGGAGAUUCGAACAGUGAGGUUAGGGAAAUUCAAGGGGUCAAGAAGUGAAAUGUACUUCAUAGAAGUCCUCCUUGCUCAUUCUCCAAAACUGGAGAGGAUGAUCGUUGAACAGUGCAAGGAAUCAUCUAACAUGCUAGCAGAUGCUGCCAGAAAAUGCUGA